AUGAAAUUAGAGGAAGAAAAGGAUGAAAGGAAAAAUGAUCAAACGGAAAAAAAAAACAUUUCGCAGAGGAUGAAGAAAUUGUGUUCUAUCCUGAACAGUGCUAUUAUCGACAUAAAUGAACUGAAGAACAUCCUAUGGGGGGGAAUAUCCGAUGAGAUGGCCUUCGACGUGCGGGCGAAGUGCUGGAAGUUGGCCCUGGGGUACCUUCCCUUAAAUAGAGAAGACACAGAUAAAGUAUUAAAAAAAAAAAGAGAUGAAUACGAAAAUUUAAAGAAAGAAUAUUAUUACAAUAAGAGUAAAUUGUCAGAAGAAGAGCUGAAGAUUUUACGUCAAAUAAAGGUAGACAUACCAAGAACAAAAUCCUGUUACAACAUUUUUAACAAUAAAAAAAUUCAGCAGCUGAGCGAACAAGUGUUGUUCAUAUAUUCUGUUCGCCAUCCAGCGUCUGGAUACGUUCAAGGAAUUAACGACCUAGUGACUCCAUUUUUAGUCGUUUUUUUAAGACCGAUAGUUUUAAAAAAAGAAAUAAAUUCGGACGAUAUAGACAGGAUAUCUGACGAUGAAUUGAGGAACGUUGAAUCGGAUUUAUAUUUUUGUCUUUCCAAACUGCUGGAACAGAUACAGGAUAAUUAUACUUUUGGACAACCGGGCAUUCAAAGAGCAAUAAUCAAAGUUAAAGAAAUUGUAAAACGAAUUGAUAAUUCUCUGUUCAAUCACAUUUACGAAAAUAAUAUCGACUUCAUUCAGUUCUCCUUCCGAUGGGUGAACUGUCUUUUGUUAAGGGAAUUUCCCAUAAAUAUAUCUGUCCGAUUGUUGGACACGUAUAUAAGUGACAUAGGUGAUAUUUUUACCGACUUUCACCCCUACAUUUGUGCCGUUUUUUUAGUUCACUGGUCUAAGUAUUUGAAAGAAAUGGAUUUCCAGCAGAUGCUCCUUUUCAUGCAGCGCUUUCCCACGCACAAUUGGAAGAUUCAGGAUAUUGAGUCCAUUUUGUCCGAGGCCUUCGUUUUGAAAAACGCCUUCCAGUCUUCGCCCAAGCAUUUUUCCUAG